UGAACGUGCUGCGCAGCUGGCUGGUGAUGGUGUCGGUCAUCGCCGCCGGGAAUACCCUGCAGAGCUUCCGCGAUCACGGCUUCCUCUCAGAGAAGCUGUACACCGCCAGCCCCGGCCUCGUGAAUGGGCUCCAGGCUCGGACCUUCGGCGUCUGGACCCUGUUGUCAUCAGUGAUCCGCUGCCUCUGCGCAAUCGACAUCCGUAACAGGACCCUCUAUCACAUCACACUCUUUACCUUCUUUUUGGCCCUUGCUCACUUCCUCUCUGAGGUCUUCAUAUACCACACUGCAGCCUUGACAAUUGGAGUUAUGGCACCCCUUAUGGUAGCAAGUUUCUCUAUUAUGGGGAUGUUGAUUGGGCUGCAGUACCUGGAGGUAGAAGUGCUAUCACAAAACAAGAAGAAAAACUGAAGUUGAGGGCUCUUUGUAGGCAACAUUUCAACUGACUGAUGUCAAAGACCAAGUCCCAGAGAAGUUUGUGUCAAAGCUUAUGCAAGGCAGUUGGUGACUGACUCCCUGGGUAGCAGGCAAAGUCUCUGGCGUGCCCAGAACACUAAGGACUGCUCUCCCACUGUACUUGUACAGUGUACUGGACAGAACUGUCCAGGAUUUGUUGAACACUUUGGACCAGAAAGAGAGAACAGGUGCUACCCCUAGCACUGCUGUGUAAUUUGCAUGUGUGUGUUUCCCAGGGACCGUUUCUAAUAAAUGACAAAAAUCUGCAGUGGG